UCUCGCAGCGCGAUGUUUAACCACUGGCAGCUCGUCCGUUUUUGUUAAUUUUUUUUUUAGUUUAAAUAAUACGUUAAGAAGGCAAUAAGUGUGUAACCAACCGAACCCACUACGAAACACGACGACAGCAACAGCAACGCUGACAACGACAAUGAUCGAGCCGAAUCGAUGCGCCAAAUCUUGGUAGUAGUUUGAGGCCAAAACUAAAACAACUAAAAGCCACGGCUAAAACAGCACAAAGGAGAACUGCAGCUCUGGCUGGGGCCGCGGCAAUCGACUAAAAAAGCAGAUUAUUUAUUGCAGAUAUAUACGUAUAUUUGUGUAUAUAGUAGUUUUUUUUUUUUGCUGGUGUGACGCGCGUUUUGUUACGACGUUUCCGAUGAUCUUGGCCCGUUGUUGUUUGCCUUUCGUGUUGUUGUAACUCGUUUUGUGCGCGCGUGUGUGAUUCAUGCAACCCAACAACAACAAAAACAAAAACAACAACAACGACAAAAACAGUGAGAUAUGCUAAGUAAAGGAAUGGCAAGGCAAAGAGAGUAGUAGAAGCCACAAAAUACUUCUUUGACGCGUGCAUCCUUCGAUUGAGAGCGCAAGAUAAAGCCAUACACACACAAACACAGCACGAUCGCACUCAGUGAGAGUGAGAGAGAAAGAUAUACAGAGGGACAGAGAGAGAGAGAGAACAGAGGUGUGUUGUAGUUGUACAGCUGUCAAGUGCGCCGAAGCAGCGGCAACGGCAGCGACGCUGACGUCCAAGUCCUUUUUCGUUCGACUAGCAGGCCAUCUCGCUUGCACGCUAGAUCACUCUUCUCCUCCGCUGCAGCUGCCUCUCUAACAACCGAAAACCGAAAAACCACGAACAAGAAGCAGAGAGAGAGAGAGAGAGAGAGGGAGGAUGCCAACAACAAACUGCAGCAGCGGCAGCGGGAAGACAAGCAUAAAGAAGAGAGCAGCAUUCCAUUGGAAAAAAAACGUGUGCAUUAUUAUUAAUAUAAUUAAUAAUUACUAAAACAACAUCGAAAUACAUGUGCGUUCGUGUGAGUGAAAUAGAAAGUGCAUUAACAACAACAACAACAAAAACUGUAAAGUGUAAAAAUACCAAUACUACAGAAAUACAAACGAAAUGAAGGUUACCGUUUGCUUCGGCGAUGUUCGCAUUCUGGUGCCCUGCGGCUCUGGAGAACUUCUCGUCAGCGAACUGGUAAAGGAGGCAACGCGGCGCUACAUCAAGGCAGCCGGAAAGCCAGACUCAUGGGUGUCGGUGACGCAUCUACAGACACAAUCGGGCAUCCUGGAUCCGGAUGAUUGUGUGCGGGAUGUGGCCGACGAUCGGGAACAGAUACUCGCACACUUUGAGGAUCCCGGACCAGAUCCGGGUGUGGCGCAGGGCGGUGGGGAUGGAGCCUCCGGCAGCUCAUCCGUGGGCACCGGCUCGCCGGACAUCUUUCGCGACCCCACGAACACAGAGGCACCCACCCGGGACCUGUCCACGCCCCACAUUGAGGUGACGAGCACCACUUCGGGGCCGAUGGCCGGCCUGGGCGUUGGCCUGAUGGUGCGCCGCAGCAGCGACCCAAAUCUGCUGGCCUCGCUCAAGGCGGAGGGCAGCAACAAGCGUUGGUCGGCGGCGGCGCCACACUACGCGGGCGGCGACUCGCCCGAGCGUCUGCUGAUCGACAAGGCCGGUGGGCAGCUGUCGCCCCAAUGGGAGGAGGAGGAUGAUGCCGCCAGCCAGCAGCAGCUCAAGGAGCAGCUGCUGCUCCAACAGCAACAGCAGCAGCAGCCCCCAGCUGCCGCUCACCAGCCAUUCGCCCGCUCUGGGCGCCUGUCCAUGCAGUUCCUGGGCGACGGCAACGGCUACAAGUGGAUGGAGGCGGCCGAGAAGCUGCAGCAUCAGAACCAGAAUCAGCACCAGCACCUGAAUCACCAUUCCGGCCAUCGGGAGCUGAACUCGGGCCAGUCGUCGCUGCAAUCGUCGCUGCCGAACAGCGCCUACUCGAGCAAGUCCCUGCCGAGGGAGAGCAAGCGGAAGGAGCCGCUGGGGCAGGCGUACGAGUCGAUACGCGAGAAGGACGGCGAGAUGCUGCUGAUCAUCAACGAGUACGGCAGUCCGCUGGGCCUCACGGCCAUGCCGGACAAGGAGCACGGCGGCGGACUCCUUGUCCAGCACGUGGAGCCCGGCAGUCGCGCCGAACGGGGUCGACUGCGGCGCGAGGAUCGCAUCCUCGAGAUCAACGGCAUCAAGCUGAUCGGCCUCAGCGAGUCGCAGGUGCAGGAGCACCUCCGACGUGCCCUCGAAUGCUCCGAGCUGAGGGUGCGCGUCCUGCGCGGCGACCAGCUGCAGCGCCAGCAGCGGCGCGACUCUAAGGUGGCCGAAAUGGUGGAGGUGGCCACCGUCUCGCCCACACGCAAGCCGCAUGCCGCCCCCGUGGGCACCUCCCUGCAGGUGGCCAACACCCGAAAGCUCGGCCGCAAGAUCGAGAUUCUGCUGAAGAAGGGACCCAACGGUCUGGGCUUCUCGGUGACGACGCGCGACAAUCCCGCCGGUGGCCACUGCCCCAUCUACAUCAAGAAUAUACUGCCCCGCGGAGCGGCCAUCGAGGAUGGACGCCUGAAGCCCGGCGAUCGGCUGCUCGAGGUCGAUGGCACUCCGAUGACGGGCAAAACCCAAACCGAUGUGGUGGCCAUACUCAGGGGCAUGCAGGCGGGCGCCACUGUCCGGAUAGUCGUCUCCCGUCAGCAGGAGCUGGCGGAGCAGACAGAUCAGGCGGCAGCAGCAGCAGCAGCGGCGGCAGAAAAGACGUCCGCUUUGGUCACUGUUGCAGCUCCUGUGCCCGCUGCUGCGGCAUCCAUCCAGGUACAGAAAUCGAGCAGUGCCCGUUCGCUCUUUCAGCAGCAGCAGCAACAGCAGCAGCAGCUCCUCAACGAAUCUCAGCAUUUCAUCGAUGCGGGCAGCGAGUCGGCAGCCUCAAAUGAUAGCCUGCCGCCGAGCAGCAACAGCUGGAAUACACGCGAGGAGCUCACGCUGCACAUCCCCGUGCACGACACGGAGAAGGCCGGACUGGGGGUGAGCGUGAAGGGGAAGACGUGCUCGAAUCUGAAUGCCUCCAGUUCGAGUGGCAGUGGCAGCGGCAGCGGCAGCGGCCUGAUGAAGCACGACGGGGAUCUGGGGAUAUUCGUGAAGAGCGUGAUCCAUGGCGGUGCUGCCUCACGCGACGGCCGACUGCGGAUGAACGACCAGCUGCUGAGCGUGAACGGGGUGUCGCUGCGCGGCCAAAACAAUGCCGAGGCCAUGGAGACGCUGCGUCGUGCGAUGGUGAAUACGCCGGGCAAGCAUCCGGGCACCAUUACGCUGCUCGUGGGCCGCAAGAUCCAGCGCUCGGCCAGCUCCAGCGACAUCCUGGACCAGGGUCAGAGCCAGAGCCAGAGUCACAAUCACAAUCACAGCCAUAGCAACAGCAGCGGCAGCAACAGCGGCGGCCACAACAACAGCAGCUCCAAUGCCAGCGACAAUUCGGGUGCCACAGUCAUUUAUUUGAGUCCCGAGAAGAGGGAGCAGCGCUGCAAUGGCAACGGAGUAGGCGCAGGCAGCAACGAGAUGAAUAGAUGGAGCAAUCCCGUUUUGGAUCGUCUAACCGGUGGCAUUUGCUCCACAAACACAGCACAGCAGCAGCCCACACAGCAGCCGCAACAUCCCCAGCAGCAGCAGCAGCAGCAGCAGCAGCAGCAGCAACAGCAACAGCAACAGCGUCGCCUGCCCCCAACCCCAAUCUGCAGCAAUGCGGCACUCCGCAACGAGAGCUACUACAUGGCCACCAACGACAACUGGUCGCCGGCACAGCUCCAUCUGCUCACGGGCCAUGGCGGCAAUGCGGCGCUGCUCAUCGAAGACGAUGCCGAACCGAUGUCACCAACACUGCCGGCGCGUCCUCACGAUGGGCAGCACUGCAACCCGAGCAGCGCCAACGCAUCGCAGACAAAGGCAGCAGUGCCAGUGGCCGUGGCAGUCACCGUGCCGGGCACACCGUCGAGCAGCGGCACCUUUGACGCCACCUACUCGUCUCAGCUCAGUUUGGAGACAAACUCGGGCGUGGAGCACUUCUCGCGCGAUGCUCUGGGCAGGCGCAGCAUCUCGGAGAAGCAUCAUGCGGCGCUGGAUGCCCGCGAGACGGGCACCUAUCAGCGCAACAAGAAACUGCGCGAGGAGCGGGAACGCGAGCGUCGCAUUCAGCUGACCAAAUCGGCCGUCUUUGGGGGCUCCAUUGAGUCGCUGACGACGCGGAUCGCCAACGCCAAUGCCCAGCUGGCGGGCUACAGGCACGCCAAGACCGCCUCCAGCAUUGAGCAGCGCGAGUCGAUGCAGCAGCAGCUGGCGGCGGCCGAGGCCGAGGCACGGGACCAGCUGGGUGAUCUGGGCCCCUCGCUGGGCAUGAAGAAGUCCUCGUCGCUGGAGUCGCUCCAGACCAUGGUCCAGGAGCUGCAGAUGUCCGAUGAGCCGCGUGGCCAUCAGGCGCUGCGCGCACCGCGCGGUCGUGGCAGGGAGGACAGCCUGCGGGCGGCGGUGGUCCACGAACCAGAUGCAAAUAAGCCCCGCAAGACAUGGCUGCUGGAGGAUGGGGAUCACGAGGGUGGCUUCGCCUCGCAGCGGAACGGACCCUUCCAGAGCUCCCUGAACGAUGGCAAGCACGGCAGCAAGUCGUCGCGGGCCAAGAAGCCGAGCAUUCUGCGCGGCAUUGGGCACAUGUUCCGCUUUGGCAAGAACCGCAAGGAUGGGGUGGUGCCAGUGGACACCUACAGUGCUGUGGCCAUCUCCCCGCCCUCAUCGGUGGUAUCAUCAUCGCCACAGCAGCAGCAGCAGCAACAGCAGCUACAGCAGCAGCAGCUACAGCAACAGCAGCAGCAACAACAGAUACCCACCGCUGCUCUGGCUGCAUUGGAGAGGAAUGGAAAGCCACCAGCAUACCAGCCACCCCCGCCAUUGCCAGCACCAAAUGGUGUGGGUGUAGGUGGUGGUGGUGGGGCAGGGGGAGCAGGUGGGUCGGCAGCGAAUGGUGGCAUACACCAGAACGAUAUAUUCAAUCAUCGGUAUCAGCACUAUGCCAACUAUGAGGAUCUGCAUCAGCAUCAACAGCAGCAGCAGCAGCAGCAGCAGCAGCAUCAUCAUCAAAUAAGCACAUCCAUACAAGCAGCAGCAGCAGCAGCCGAGCAGCUAUCGGAGUCAACGCUCGAAUGCAUGCGACAGCAGGUGAUACGUCAGCGCAUCAAGGUGGAGGCGGAAAGUCGCCGCCAUCAGCAUUACCAUUCGCAGCGCAGCGCUCGGUCGCAGGACAUUAGCAUGCACUCGACCAGCUCCUCAUCCCACCACCAGCAUCCGCAGGGCCAGACGCAGGCGCACACAAAUGGCGGUGUGAUUCGUCCCUUGAGCAGCUACUACGAGUACGAGACAGUGCAGCAGCAGCAGCGUGUGGGCAGCAUCAAGCACAGCCACCACAACAGUCACAAUGGAGGCACCAGCAGUGCCAGCGUCAAUGCCAGUGGCUCUUCGGCGUCGCCCAUCAAUGUGCCGCAUUGGAAGGCGGCCGCCCUCAAUGGCUACUCCCCGGCCAGCCUAAACAGCAGCUCUCGCAGCCGUGGACCCUUUGUUACCCAAGUGACCAUACGCGAGCAGAGCGGCAUGCCAGCCCAGCUGCAACAGCAGCUACAGCAGCAGCAGCAGCAGCAACAGCCCACCUACCAGACCGUGCAGAAGAUGGGGGCACAGUCACAGUACGGCAGCAGUGCUGGCUCCCAGCCGCAUGCCUCCAAGGUGUGACUAUAGGUGCUGGCGCAUGCGCGCGCCACACGGGAUGUGCUCGUGGAGGAUCAUCAUCAUCAGCAGCAUCAGCAGCAGCAUCAGCAGCUGGAGCAACAGCAGCUGGAGCUAAGCGAGGUCAGCGAGGUAGAGAUCUUCUACUACGCUACCGAAUGCUGAGGUUAUGCUGCUCCUUCCUGGGCACCUUGCCUGCCUCUCUUCCGCAUGGAAGUGACGCUGUGUGUGACGCUGGCAGCCGGCAAAAAUUAGAGAUUUAUUUUUACGCAAUUGAUUGGAGGAUGGGAUGAAUGGAAUUUUUCGAAAAAACUUCCACAUUUUGUACACAAAGACACACCCCAUACACACACACACAAAACAUGCAUACAUGCUACAUACAUACACCUUGUAUUAACUUAAAUUUAAGUUCAUUUAUUCCCAAUGCAUAUGUAUACAUAAAUACAUAUCAAAUGAAAAGUAUUACCAUUUAAAGCGACGACAAGUCGAUGCUAAUUUGGUGAUUUAGCGAAGGAAAAAGGAGAACUUGCUAUUGUAUUUCAUCUCUCUUUUUUUUUUACUGUCUAAGUCAAAUGCCUUUGUACAUAAUUAGGUUAUGCAGAAGAAGCCAACCACAGAACAUACAGCCCAGCACCCCCACACUUUAGAUUUCAACUACGAAGUACCAUUUCUCCAUUACUUUAUACAUUAAUGUAUUUUUUUUUUGUUUUUCGUUUUCGUCUUUGUUGUACAUAGAAACUUUCGUUUGUUUUGUUAGCUUUAAAGCGGACGCCAUUUUGUGUGCAAAAAGUUAGAAAUUUGCAAAAGUUACAAAAAAAAAAAAGAAAAGUAAAACUUAAAGAAACCCUCACACACACACACACA